AUGAAUGAGCUCGCGAGGAAGAAGAGUACUGCGGUGUUCGCGUCCUUCGUCAACCUCACCAAGGCAUACGAUUCGGUGGACCGAGACCUACUGUGGGACGUGCUCCGACGCUUCGGCGUGCCCCCGAAGAUGCUGGCGGUCAUUCGCCACCUCCCCGAGGGCAUGAGGGCGCGCGUCCGAACGGACGACGGGCAGCACUCGGAAUGGUUCGACGUGGGCCAAGGCCUCCGACAGGGAUGCAACCUGGCCCGGCUGCUGUUCAACUUGUUCUUUGCCGCGGUGCUCAUGGUCGCCGUGGCCGAGUUCGACAAGGACCGCAAGGUGACGGCGGACAUGGUCAAGAUCGGGACACAAGUGGAGAACACGGGCAAGAAGGGCAGGUCGGCGGGGAAAAAGACAACGGUGGUGACGGACGCGGAGGCAUUGUGGGCCAUGCUCUACGCUGACGACGCGGCCAUCGUCUCGCGCUCGCCGGAGAGUCUCGAGAAGAUGAUGUCGGUCAUCGUGCGCGUGGCCGGCCUGUUCGGACUGAUGGUAUCGGAGCCAAAGACGGAGAUCAUGUGCAUGCUGCCGAAAGGGAUCGAGGAACGCCCGUUCACGGUCAGCGCCGCCGGCCAGACGUACAAGCAGACAGAUCGGUUUGUGUACCUCGGACGUACCAUCUCCGCGGACGGGAAGGCCGACCGGGAGAUCACGAGCCGCAGCUGCCGAGCGUGGAAGUGCUACCGCCGGAACAGUGCUUCGAUGUACGACAGGCGACGGGCCGACCGCCAGCUCAAGAUCCGGCUUCUCCAGGCUGAAGUGGUGGAGACUCUCCUGUAUGGGUGCGCCUCGUGGAGCCUAACAGCGGAGCACUACACGAAGCUCAAUGGGACCCACCGCCAGUUCCUCACACGGUGCAUCGGCUGGAGCAAGCGGAAACGCUCAGACCGCCCCCUGUCCUAUGCCCAGGCCCUCAUCCAGGCAGGCUGCGAGGAAACCAUCGAGGCCACCGUGUGCAAACGGAGACUGCUGUGUUUCGCUGGCUUUGUUAUGCGUAUGGAGGACAGCCGCCUCCCCAAGCGCAUGCUGUUAGCAGCGAUGGCGGGGGGCGUGGAAUACCGGGGCGGGCAGGAGAGCGACUGGGUGU